AUGGGCCGUCUCCGUCGCUCCCGUACCCACCACGCCCGCCGCGACAUCCAGCGUGCCGCCCGUACCCGUGUGCGCACAAAGGAUCUCGACCAGAUCCAGCACGACAUGGAGCACAACCGCAAGAAGCUCGAGCUCCAGCCCAUUGACGAGGACAAGCCCGGUCUCGGCCAGCACUACUGCGUCGAGUGCGGCAAGUACUACGAGUCGGCCGUCGCCCUCACCACCCACAACAAGAGCAAGGUGCACAAGCGCCGCCUCAAGGAGCUCCGCGACCCGGCCUACACCGUCGAGGAGAGCGAGCGCGCCGCCGGCCGCGGUGUCGACAACCGCCAGCGCGGCGUCGAGGACGUUGUCCGCCGCUUUGAGACCGCCGGCCUCGCGCAGACCCGCGCCACGGAGCAGAUUGCCAAGCCCAACUCGGCGGCCGCUCCCCUUGCUUAA